UUAUCGGCGGUGAUAUACACGGUUGUACGAGCGCAGGUGAAGCGAAAAAUCGUCUCGAUUCUCGACUCUCGGAGGUAUCGCGUGGCCAGCAAAGCGGAAAUAAUGCGCGGAAGUCGUGGGACGAUCCUCGUCCUGUGCACGAUGAUGAAUUGCCUGAGAUUGGCCUCAUCCUCGCCCACUUCGACGAGUGUGAGACUCGGCGACGAGUGCAACCGAGAUCGGGAGUGCGAGGUCGGCAUCGCUAAUAGCCGCUGCUACUUGGGUUAUUGCCGGUGUCAGCCCUUCUUCGCCGGUUACAAUGGAACCCAUUGUCUCGAAUCCACUCUACUGGGUAAUGAUUGCCUCGUAAAGGAACAAUGCUCCUUGAAAGUAGCAAACAGUAGUUGUCUCGAGAACGUAUGCAGAUGCGAAGAGGGACAUUUACAGUUCCGCAGGCAUACUUGUCUAGGACCGGCGAAACUCGGCGACGUGUGUUACGAGCACGCUCACUGUCGUCUCUGGGAUCCCGAGUCACAUUGCGAUUUUCUCAUCCCGGAUUUAUUCGGUCGCUGCCAAUGUACCGCUCCGAUGCGCCGCGAGGGCAACGUGUGUCGACCUGACAGACUUGUGAGACCUGCGCCGCUUCCGGAGCACCUGCCUCCCACUCAGGAGCCGAUAAUAAACGAUGUCACUGAAAAAAAUGAACACGAUAAGGGAACUGUCACCGAAGGACAAAAGGGCGAUAUCGAAGGGGAACAAGACACAGGCGUUCAGAUAUCCUGGUUAAAAAAUGCUACGAUGCUCCUAUCGACGGAAGCUCCCAGUCAACUGAUACCGGUGAACCUGGUGACGAGACCGUCAUUGAGCUCGAGACCUGGAUCGAACAAUCGUCCCGGGCCGAACGAGCUCCCCGACGAUGACGACGCCGUCGUUAUCGAGGCAGAAGUUACCGAGCCCGCUCACGUUACCUCGACGACCUCGACGACUUCCACACCGAUAAAGACGGACCGCCACGAGAGCACGAUAAUGACGGCUGUCAGCCUGGGACUGCCGUGCAUCGCCGAUCUGGAGUGCCGUAUGGCCGAUCCGAUGUCGCGUUGCAUCGGCGGCGUGUGCGACUGCAGUUUUCCGACGAACGGCAGUUGCAGCGCGCGGCGAACCGGCUGCGCCCCGGGCACAUUUCAGUGCCGUUCGUCCGGAAGCUGCAUCAGCUGGUUCUUCGUCUGCGACGGCCGCGCCGAUUGCGCCGACGGCUCCGACGAGGAGUGCACCGGGCCUCGCUGCCCGAUACAGGCGUUCAGAUGCAACGACAGUAACGUCUGCAUAUCGAGGUCCGAAUUGUGCGACGGCAAUCGCGACUGCCCCCGUGGCGAGGACGAGAUUGGCUGUAACAAUCGGCGAAAAUGUCCCGAGGGUGCGUUCAGAUGUAACAACGGUCAGUGCCUGCCGGCGUAUGAAUUUUGCAACGCGGUGGUGUCCUGCAGGGACGGCAGCGACGAGCCGAGGGGAGCGUGCAGGACGCGUAAUCGUGGCCGAAUUAGCACGAGAUAUUGUCCAUUCAGAUGCGACAACGGAAGAUGUCGUUCCGACGCGAUAACCUGCAGCGGCCGGGAUGGCUGCGGCGACGGUUCCGACGAGAAACACUGCAACGUCUGCAGAUGCGGCGCAAAGAUCUAAUCUCGGCUGGCCGAUCUCCUCGUCGCGUCGCAUCGUCUGAUGGAGUGAGGAGGAGUGAGAGAGAGAGAGAGAGAGAAGAGAAGAGAGAGAGAGAGCGAGAGGAAGAGGGGCAAACCACCAACCGGCUCGUCGAUGGUUUCGCAAAGUGAGUGCCCGAGAAUUAAGUAGGCGGGCGUGCAAGAGUAAGUGUGACCAAAGAUCGUUAAGCCGUACCGCGACGACUCCGAUUUUCAACGCUUUGCGAUUUCGAGACUGAAAGGAACUGUCUGUUUUUACUCCUGGCCGGGAGCGAACACUCCGGCACCCAGAAACACGAACAAGGAGAAAGAUUUUUCCGUCGGGUCUCUCGCCCGAGAGAUCUCUCGCGUUCAAGUCAAACCGGGCCAGUGACCGCCGCCGUAGCGAGUCGCGCUCUCGAGAGGAAUGAUUAACGUGUAAUAAUGGAACUUAAUCGCAUAUAGUAAUAUCGUAAGAUGGGUGUAGCUUGCACCAGGGGAUAACUCGGUCGAACAAAGCGCGUAUUCAGGACUUACCUCUGGAAUAUUUAGAUAAUAAACCGUAUAUUCGUGAUUUUUUUUUUUAAAUUCAAUAUGUAAAUAUAUAAUUAAUAUAUAAUUCAAUAAAAUUAAUGUAAUGUGAUUUAAAAUCUAUAUACAAAGAUACGCGAUUAAUAUUAUCUUGAAAAGAUGUUAAAUUGAUUAAAUCGUUGAGCUGUCCUGACUACAUGUAUAACAAACGAAUGAUAAUUUUGGAAAUAUUAAAGGAUUUUAAGACGAAUUUCGAAUAUAUGUUACACCGAGUGUAUGCAUUUAGCACGGAAGACGCAAUAUCGCAGAUAAAAUAUUAUUAUGGAAAACAUACAAGAUUGGCAUGUAACGUAAUAUAAAAGUUAAUGAAAUUUGAAAUAUAUUUCAUAUACUUCAACCAAUAUUAUCCAUACGUGAGUGAUAAUACGCCUUCUGUUCGAAUUUCAAUGACGCACGUAUUUAUUAACGUAGAUAAUAAAAAUCGCUCAAAGAGAAAAAUAGGUUUCAUAAUAUCAGAAUUGUACAGAUAAUGUAAAAUUAUCAACGUACGAAAAAAAAUUGUAAACCAAUAUUUGUAUGCAAUUUUGUACUGUUUGUACUGUUAUCACUUAUCUACUAUUUCGAUAACACAUCCGACACGUUUCGUAUAUUUAUCUUGUAAUUUUAUGUCACACGUAUCAAAAGGCAUAAAAAAUAAAAUGUAAUUUAAUAAAU